UAUUUUGCAAGAAAAAAGAUGCACAACGCAACCCCAUUUAUCGUCUCUACCUUCUCUAGAUUGCCUCUGCUCUUAUUUUAAAACUCUGAUCCCCAUCACCACUACAGCUACAUUUUUGUUGACAUCUUCCUGUUGACUGACUUACCUGCAGCAUCAUCGAUCAUCCAUCACUGCAUCUUCUAUAUUAACUCCAGCAACGACAUCACAUCCUCCUUGUUGUUGACGAUGAUUUCAUAAAAAUAGAGCAGCUCGUUCUGUAUGCACUUUGGUUUCAUCUCCUACUUCUGGUACCGACUUCCCCUCUCUCUCUUCGCCUUUUGACCUAAAAAGAUCCCGCAGUUUAUGGGCAGGGAAAGAUCAGCAACAACCAUGGAGAGGAAUGAUGAGAAGCAAGCGGUUAUAUCUCCAGGAAUGAAGGUAGCCAAAGAAGAAGACAUGAGAAAAUCCUUAUUCAGUGCAGCAAAAUCACCAACUGAAACUGGCAGACCAAGCAGCAUGGUUUAUAAGAAAGAUCAUAGAGUAAUACCAGCUCAUAUCGUUGCUGAAGCCAUAUCCACGCUCCACGGUCUGGACCUUAGGUGGUCAGGGCCGAUAACUCCGACUGAAAUGCAAUACGUGGAACAGUAUGUCGUGGCCAAGUACCAAGAGUACUGCAACGCCCUUGUGGAAGGAGGAGAGAAAACCGAUCUGUAUGAUCUCUGUAUCAAAGAAAACUUGAAGAACCUCAGCCAGAUGACAAGCGGAAAUCACCAAGAGGAAUUUCCAGAGACACCUUUGGAAGCAGCCUCCCUGAUCUCGAGAAUACACAGCUGGAGCCAUCGAGAUUGCUCAGCAUCCUCACCAAAAAGUCCUCUUUCAUCGGGAGCUUUGUCUCAAUUCCUGAAAUUCAAGCUAGAAACAAGGUUUUGAAGCACUGU